GCAGCUCUCCACUCUCUUGUCUGCAGCCGUACAGAGCGCACCGUCUGUGAACGCUGCAGUCCACGCUCAUUCAUCUCCACCUAACAAGAAAUCACGUCCCGCAAUGUCGGCCGCCAGCACCGAGACUAGUGCCCCGCUGUCCACAGCCGGCAGCCGCGUCUUCUUCCAAGGUGCGCCCGGGGUGGGCUGCGUGGGCUCCGGCCCCAUCACCACCGCGGACGACCCGGUCCAGAAGAAGCAGGGCAAGGUGACGGUCAAGUAUGACAGGAAAGAGCUGCGGAAAAGACUCGUCCUGGAGGAGUGGAUCAUCGAGCAGCUCAGCGAGUUGUACGACUGUGAGGAGGAGGAGAUGCCAGAGGUGGAGAUAGACAUAGACGACCUGUUGGAGGUCACCAGUGAUGACGAGAGAGCCAGCAAAUUACAGGAAUCGUUAAUAGACUGCUACAAACCAACAGAGGACUUUGUCCGUGAGUUGCUGGGCAGGAUAAGGGGAAUGAGAAAACUCAGCGCACCAACCAAGAAGGGCCUAUAAUGGCUGUCACGCCCGCCGUCAAUCAAACAUAAACGACAUCAUCCCGGCUCCACCUGCUUAACCCACUCAACAUGGACUGUCGUCACAUUAAACAGCAUUAAUAACUACUCUGCAAACCACAAUCAUGCGCCAUUAAAUCCAUGCACAUAGCCCCACAAGGUGAAUUAUAAUAUCAGACUGUUGAAAGGUAGAGAGUAACAAGAGUCACAAGAAAAGGUCAAACCCAGCGAGUUAGAGCAGCAACUGUGCUUUACCGCCUAAUCCCACAUUUCAGAGCCAUUUUUAAGUCUUUUCAAGCUGAUGCUAUAAUCUCGACAGCCAUACAAACUUAGACACCAACAAAUCACAUAAAGGGAGGUGGUUUUAAAAAAUAUUUGUACUGAAGUAGGUGUGAAAAUUUGCUCUAGCACUAUUUAACCAGUGCUUCAUGAUUUUGUCUUUUUUUUUUUUUACUGAUGUGUUUUGCUGUUACUUUUUUUAAAAAAAGGGUACGUGUUGUAGUUGUUUGUUGUUGUUUUUUUUACUUACUUUUGCAUUUUAGUCUUGCAAAUGUGAGGGACUAGUUUCAUUUUCAGCACAACAACUUUGUCCUUUUGUGAUGUACAGUAUAUACAUUUCCGGGAAGAGUGGUGACCAUUUUAGCAAACAGGGGCAAAAUAGUGCGUGAUGUGUUUUGCUUUUUACCCACUGCUCAACUUCACCUCAACCUUUUCACCACAACAAGGCAUGAUGGGUGUUGCAGUUCUCUGUAUGACGCCUGUAUGAUUGGCAGCCUUUCACGUCUCACGUUAUUGCGGUUCAUUGUCCCUCAGAAUACAUAUCAGUUGAUUUAAGCACAAA